AUGACUCGGAAUUGGUCAUGGCGGAUGCCUCUGUGCUUGAUGCUUGCCCUCGCUGCGAUCGCCUGCACUCAGGGACAAGCGGACAACUUCUUUGCCGAGCUGCCACCCACAGCGGCUCCAGAGGUCCUUAUUGCAGCUCCCAGUCCCUCUGUUGUGCCCGCUGCAGCUCCGGCCGAGGUCAUCGUUCCAGCAACACCAGCGGAAGCUCCUGUUGCGGCACCUGCUGAGGUCCCAGCUGCAGCACCUGCGGAAGUCCCUGCAGCAGCACCCACGCCUUCUCAGGAGACCUUCGCCCCACCAGUCACGUACACUUAUGUCGACCUCAGCGAUACACCUUUCAGCUCCAUCCAGGUCUGCUGGCCUUUCAACACAUACAUCAUCCCAGCCGACAACUACACAUUGGACAUCCAGGCAGAGGAUGUGGUCCUUGGAGCAAUCAACUUGAAUGUGACCGAUGAUGGCACGCUUGAGCUGUGGACUGAAGGCGACUUCCGCACGCCAUACCCUGUCAUUGCCAUCGUGAGCCUGCCGUUUGACUCCCUCUCUGGAGUCUUCGUACCAUCUCCAUCAGCAGAGGUCACUGUGGGGCCUGGGUUUGUGGCAGACAACUUCACCGCGUCAGCUCCAUUCUCAUCUCAGGACCUCAAUGUGCUGAGCCUCACCGCGGACACCCUGAGGGUGCAGAGCUCUGGGUUGGGCCGCAUCUAUGUGGAUGGAAUCAUUGGGAAUGCCACAAUUGCAGCGUCUGGCUCUGGGGAUGUGUAUGUGAUUGGGCUGGAGGACACAGCAGUCCUGAACCUUGCAGGCACUGUGACUGCAAACAUCCAGGCCACCAAUGAAUCGGCAAUUAUCACAGGCCAGGCAUCAGGUAUCAACACUGUGCUAUAUCAGAUGGGCUCCUGCUUCGUCACGACACCAUUCCUGUUUGGCUCGCCCUGCCAGCAGACAGACUACGUUGAUGUUCCCACAAUUGACCCUCUGUGGAGCUGCGGCCUGCGAGUCACCGGCAACUUCACCUGCCCAGCAGGUGGCAUCCAGCUGGCGCAGAGGCGGGCAGCUGCCGGGCUGUUGCCGCUGGCAGCGGCAGUCACGCGCGUUCCCUCUCCACCGCUGUCACCUCCUCCAAGCCUGCCACCUCCCUCCCCCAUCUUCGCCGCUGCUGGUGGCGGCGCUGCAGUCUCGCCUCCUGUAACGGAGAUUCCCACACUGCAGCCCCCUCCUCCGCUCUUCUUUGCCAGCCCCUCCCCUAACAUCGUCAGCCGCGUGGGCUCCGGCCCCCAGUUUGCCGGCGCGAGCGGGACCGGCACGCAGGUCGCGAAUGCAGUAUCCGGCCCGGGCCUGCAGCAGCAGAACCUCGGGACCAACAGCCCUGUGCCAGACCUCUUCAACACCCCCGGCUUCACGGAUGGGUUUGGGGGUUUUGGCAAGCGCCGCCUGCAGCAGUCCCUCUCCAGCAGUUCCUCCAGCGGUGGACAGUCGAUCCAGACCAGUUCUUCUGGAGUGUUGCAAUCCAAGAGCACGCGUCCUUACCCCUGCUACUACGAUGUCCUAGGAGGGGGAUUUGAUGCGCUGCGCAUCUUUCCGAAUGGGCCCUGA